UAAGAAACGGCCUGUUGGACAGCAGAGUCGUUCUCUUGGGAUCCCAUGACAACCUGAACUGAUUGUUAAUGAGCUGUUGCUGUGACUGGGGAAAUGUUAUGCAGACACCAGACACUCUCCAGCCGCUGUGGUCCACAGACCCUCCACCAGACUAGACCAGCAUGGACACCCUCUUCUUCAUCGGCCAGAUCAUCGGCGUGGGCUCCGUCUUCGUCCUCCUCUUCUUCGUCCUCGCCCAGCUGGUGUCCCACGUCGGCCGGGGGCUGGACGGCCGCGGCCGCGCCGUGCUGGUGACCGGCUGCGACAGCGGCUUCGGACACCAGCUGGCCCGGGCUCUGGACCAGAAGGGCUUCGUGGUGUUCGCCGGGUGUCUGUCUCCAGAGGGGCCCGGGGCCCAGAGUCUGGCCCGGCAGAGCUCCAGGAACCUGAGGGUCCUCCAGCUGGACGUCACCAGGGAGGAGGAGGUGCUGCAGGCCAAGAAGGUGGUCCACGACAACCUGCCAGACAAAGGCCUCUGGGCGGUCGUGAACAACGCCGGCAUCUCCGACUGGGCCGAGAUCGAAUGGAGCUCCAUCGCAGACUUCCAGAACAUGGUGGACAUCAACCUGUUCGGCGCCAUCAGGACCACGUUGGCGUUCCUGCCUUUGAUCCGUGAAGCCAAAGGACGCAUGGUUUACAUGUCGAGCAUCUUCGCCUUCUUCAACUGCCUGAACAUGGCGGCGUACAGCGUGUCCAAGAGAGGCCUGGAGGCGUUCGCUGACUGCCUGCGGGUGGAAAUGGACAGUUUUGGUGUGAAGGUAUGGGAACGAUGCGUGAGCCCGGGGAACUUCGGCCGAGCCACCAAUCUGAAGAUGAAGACCGCCCUGGACAUCUGGGAGAAACUAGACGCUGAUCGCAAGCUCCUCUUCAACCAGCAGUACAUGGAGCUGGCCAACGAGUACUUCAUGUCCACGUGCAGUUCUGGUUUCCAGAACGCCGACAUGGUCAUCGACGCCAUGCUGCACGCCCUCACGUCGGCCCGGCCCAAGCGCCGAUACCUCCUGGUCUCGGCCACGGACGCGGUCUUCUUCCGGCUCUUCCCCUUCCUCCCCACCGCCCUCACCGACGCCGUGUUCUCUCUCAGCUCCAUCUACGCCAAGAGAAGAGAGAUGCUCUACGCUAAGCAAGAAAGACUCCAGGGGUAAGGUGGGAGAAGCAGGGCCCUGUAGCCCCCCCUGUAGGCCCCCCCCCCACACAGCUACUCAUUCUAGCAUCUUUUUGGGCCCCGGGUACUCGGUACUCGGCCCCCUUUCCACCCCUGGGUGGAGGCGCCUGCAUGCAGCACGGUGGCUAAGUGGUUAGCGCUUCUUCCUCACAGCGAGAAGGUUCUCGGUUCGAGUCCAGGUCGUCCCGGGCCUUUCUGGGUGGAGUUUGCGUGUCGUGGGUUUCCUCCGGGUGCUCUGGUUUCUUCCCACCCUAGAGACGUGCAUGCUGGGUAACAUUGGCUAACACUGGCACGUUUACAGAAAUGUUGAUUAAUGUGCAUUGUCCCAAUCAAAUAAAUAAAUAUCCAAUUAAUAUUUACUGGCCAUAUAAUGGUGGUAGUGUGU